AUGGCUGUCUCCCGGAGUGUUCAUCGUCUGCAACAGACGCUGUCUCAUGUCCAGCCAUCGCCAGCACCCCUCCAAUGGUCAAUUGUAGCAGGGCCAACUCAGCCUAAGCUACUGGAUAUUACCUUGGGUGAGCUGCUGACACUACAAGCCCUACAGUAUGGAGACUAUGAGUGCUUGGUAUUCCCGUGGACGGGAGCGCGAUGGACUUAUGCCGAUCUAAAGGACGAGUCCGAUCGUCUUGCGCGGGGCAUGCUCGCCAUGGGUAUUCAAAAGGGUGAUCGUGUUGGCAUUAUGGCAGGUAAUUGCGAACAGUAUAUUUCCGUCUUCUUUGCGGCCGCACGAGUGGGCGCGAUUCUGGUAGUGUUGAACAACACGUAUACACCUUCAGAGCUCUACUAUGCUCUAAAUCAUACCGACUGUCGCUUGCUAUUCAUGACUCCUCAUAUCGGCCGUCACAACCUCGAAGAGGUCUUGACAGAACUUGGCCCCAAGCCCAAGCAGAACAAGACUUCCAAAUGCGUGGACGAGAUUGUCAUUCUUCGUGGCAGCUACCAGGACUUCACCACCUACGAGCAAGUCAUUCACCGGGGCCAGUCACAAGCGACUCAUGUACUACAGGAUCGCGAGGCCGCAUUGCGACCCGACGACGUCUGUAACUUGCAAUUCACCAGCGGCUCGACUGGCAAUCCUAAAGCAGCCAUGUUGACCCACCAUAACCUCGUGAACAACUCGCGAUUCAUCGGCGACCGCAUGAACCUCUCCUCCUUUGACAUUCUCUGCUGCCCACCUCCACUUUUCCACUGUUUCGGUCUCGUUCUGGGUAUGCUAGCAGUAGUGACCCACGGCUCCAAGAUCGUCUUCCCCAGCGAGACUUUUGAUCCCAAGGCCGUGCUACAUGCCAUUUCCGACGAGAAGUGUACGGCCCUGCAUGGUGUUCCCACCAUGUUCGAAGCCAUCCUUAGCAUCCCCAAGCCAGCCGGGUUUGAUACUUCGAAUCUGCGCACGGGAAUUAUCGCGGGAGCUCCAGUUCCACGGCCAUUGAUGAAGCGACUUCUCGAAGAAUUGAACAUGACAGAAUAUACGAGUAGCUACGGUCUCACUGAAGCGUCACCUACCUGCUUUAAUGCUUUCACCACCGAUAGCAUUCACACCCGAUUGACCACGGUCGGCAAGAUCCUACCCCACGCCCGCGCAAAGAUUAUCGAUGAAAAGGGAAAUAUCGUCCCCAUUGGCCAGCGGGGCGAACUCUGCAUCGCCGGAUACCAACUCACCAAGGGCUACUGGCACAACCCGGAGAAGACAGCCGAGGCUCUCGUCACCGACGCUGACGGAGUAACCUGGCUGAAGACGGGCGACGAGGCUUCAUUCAACGAGCAGGGCUACUGCAGUAUCACCGGUCGGUUCAAGGAUAUCAUCAUUCGGGGCGGCGAGAACAUCUAUCCCCUCGAGAUUGAGGAGCGUCUGGCCGCGCAUCCACACAUUGAACUGGCCUCCGUUGUCGGCAUUCCCGACUCCAAGUAUGGCGAGGUUGUUGGCGCGUUCAUUCAGCUCGCGCCCGGCCAGAAUAGACCGACGGAUGAGGAACUGCGUGCCUGGACGCGCGAGACCCUUGGUCGUCACAAGGCGCCACAACAUGUGUUUGUGUUUGGCGAGGAGGGCAUCUCUAGUACGGUACCAGUGACGGGGAGCGGAAAAGUUCGAAAGGUGGAGUUGCGGCAGAUGGCGACGGCCGCACUUGCGCAACAAGGAGCCCAGGCGUAA